AUGGGCGCUGCGGCCUCCGUGGCGGAGCCCGACGACUUGCCGCUGGCCGCGCGGCGCGCGGUGCUCGGCGGGACGCCCUCGGCGGAGGCCGUGGCCCGGCUGCUGCGCGAGGGCGUCGUGUGCGGCGGCGAGCGGCGCCCGGCGCGGGUGGUGGUGGCCGCGGGCGCCGGGCUCUCGGUGGUGGCGGGAAUUCCGGACUUCCGGACACCGGGCACCGGGUUGUACGACAACUUGGAGAAGUAUGGCUUGCCGACCCCGGAGUCCGUGUUUACUUUGAACUACUUCAAAGAGCGUCCACAGCCCUUUUGUGAGCUUGCGAAGGAGUUAAUUCCGGGAUCCUAUCAGCCCACCAUCGGGCAUUGCUUCCUCCGUCUCUUGGAGGAAAAGGGUCUCUUGCUACGUCUCUUCACACAAAACAUCGAUGGUUUGGAGCGCCUCGCUGGCAUCUCUCCGGAGCUUUUGGUCGAGGCCCAUGGCUCCUUUGCCGACGCCCACUGCGUGGAGUGCCGCCAGCAGCACAGCAUCCGCGCCUGGCGCCAGAGCAUCGAAGAUGCCGCGGAGCAUCCGCUGCGCUGCGGCGCGCCGAGGGCUGUGGAGCCACCGAAGGUGCCUCCCACAGCAGAGGCCCUCGAAGAGCUGCGAAAAGAGCUAGAGCUUUUUCCGGCCAAGAGGGAAGAGGCUUGGAAGGCCUCGAACUUUGGGGAACUGACAAAUGUUGGAAUCAGAGAAGCUCGCGUGAAAUCUGACUUGGAGACAGGAGAGAAGGAAGUGGCUGAGUUCCCUCAGAAAUGGGCAGAUUGGGAGGCUGGCCCGAAGACCUUUGAAUGCGACGGUCUGGUGAAGCCUGACAUCGUUUUCUUUGGGGAGAGCCUACCAGCACGCUUCACUUACCUGAGUGAUCGGGAUGGGCAACAAGCAGAUCUUUUGCUGGUCCUUGGCACUUCGUUAAAGGUAAUGCCUUUUGCAGGGAUUUUGGGCAAGGUCGAUGCACUUUGUCCACGGUUGCUGAUCAACCGUGAGCCUGUUGGUUUGCUUGUUCAAGACGAGCCGCCGAUGUUUUUCGGCAACGUUGGAUUUCGCUUCAAUGAGUCGAACAACUACAGGGAUGUGCACCUGGCGAACGACUGUGACGCAGGGUGCCUGGAGCUGGCGCGGCUCUGCGGCUGGUCGGCCGAGCUCCAGGCCUUGGCGGAGAAGCUCCGGCGGCCGCAGCCCGAAGCCUUCGACGUCAUCGUGGAGAGCCAAGAGCUGUCGCCGGCCUUCCGAAGCAGCGAAGCCUCGAAGGUAGCCUUGGACCUCUUGGAGGCCAUCAAGGCGGUGCCGUGGCCUCCCUCAACCACGAUGGCCGAGCGCUUCGCGCGCGCCAAGCAGACGCUGGAGGUCUUUGGGGAGAUUCUGCUGGUGGAGAACGUGGAGACCGAGUCGCCCGAGGUUGAGGAGCAGUUCAUGUCCUCAGCCGCUGUGGCCUACGAUGCGCUGGGCGAAGCCGCCUUCCUGGCCUUGGCCACGCGGCAGCGCUUUUGCCUGCGAAGUGGCUUGGAUGUGCCCAAGAGGCUCUCGCAGCUGCUGCCAGAGCAGCUGCGGAAACCAGGUGCACUGGCCGAAGUCCAGCAAUCACUCGCUCCUUUGAAGGCUUCCAGUGCACAAGAGCUCCUUGAUUUGGCCUUCGCCGAUCGUCCACGACCCCGUCGCCCCAAGCUGGAUGGCCCGGUGCCGCCCGCCUUGCCGGCCUCGCCGGCGUCGCCACCGGGGCGCAGAAGGAGCUCCAAGCCCAAGCGGCCGUCCAAGGGGCCGUCCUAA